UUUCUGUGCCCAUUUAUUAGCAUCACCCCCCCUUCUUCCCCUCCAACAAAAUAUUUAAUUCCAUUUCACAAACUUAGAUUUCAAUGGAAGGUGUAUCGGUGAGCGUCUACAAUGGGCUGAGGCGCUAUUGGAGGAGGAAGAGUUACCGGAAACUUACUGGGCCGGUGCCCCGUGCCCGGCGGGAGACGGUGCAACUUGGGGCGCCCGGAGGGAUGCGGCGGCGGCGCCGGAUUUGGCGGCUCAAGAUCUCUCCCAAGCUCCGCCUGCUCCGGCGGCUGCCGACGCUGAAGAAACUGCUCCUCUGGCUGAGGGAUUCGUAUGUGAAGGCGAUGUUGGCGUUUGCGAACUCGAGGGUCAUCGGUGCCGGCGGCGGCGACGGCGUCGGGAGGAGCACGCUGAAGGAGUAUGAUGAGAAAGUGAUUACUGAGAUCUAUAAGUCGUUGAUGGUGGCGCAGGGGCGGUUGCCGCCGCCUCCGGAACCUGUCCGGCCGACUUGGGUUGGCGGCCGGCUGCCGACGGCGGCGGAAUAAUGCGGCGGAGAUUACGGGAUGGAGAAAACUGUGGGGUCUGGAGAUGGACGCUUGUGUUGACGUCGAACCUAUAGAUGUGUGAGGAUGUCGAUAGAAACAUCUACGUGUCAGGCGGAAAUUCAAACAUUUGAAUUCAGUUAUUAUAUCAGUGGUGCACACAGGUAGAAAUUUCGAUUGGGGAAGUAAUUGUUGGGUGGUUUUUGUUAAUAACAAUCCUCCUUUAAACCUAGAGGUGUGCAUUUUACUUUUGGGAUUUCAUCUUCGCCAAAGCCUGCCUAAAUAGGACGGAGAAUCUCCGCUUAAAUUCUCCACGAAUUAGGGAUGGGGAAAAUUUUUUCCUGCCGCCUAAAUGAUACAAAGAUGAGAAUGUGUUCUCCGCCCCGCGUCAUUUUUUAAUAUAUAUAUAAUUUAAUAUUCUCCUUA